AAGUCGUGUGUGCUACGAGAUAUCACGGGUUCUCCUAAAUUUCUAUACAUAUUUGACUUUUGUUAUUCGUCUAUCUAUCCAGCUAUGGAUUUGGUUGAUUGAUCACGUAAUAGUUUGGUUAAACAGUCCAUUUAAAUAUCUGACGUAGCAGAGAGCUGCCAAUUUAUUGUAAUAUCACUUUACCAUCUCUAGUCCAGUCGAGGAAUCGAAUCAAGGUUUACUAGCAACGACGGUUUACGUACUUAAAAUUCACAAAAAUCGAAUCGGUCACAAACAAAAAAUAAUUCGGAAUCAUGGACCGAGAUCAUUACAAGUUUCGUUCGAAAGCUAGGAUCGUUGCAUUUCUGGAUCUGAUCCUUAGCAGCAUGUCACUGUGUAUUUGUCUUAUCUUUUUCAUCGCCCUGGUCAGAGUGACGACGAUGGAUCAGGGGAUGAACACCCGAAGAAGCGGAGGGCAACAGUCCAGCAGCAACAACAUUCUGGAAAUGGAUCUGCACUCGGGCGGCAGUGAUAGCAUGAUGUCACUCCAAAAAGAAGGGUCUGGAAAUAUCGAUGGAGAUGCCAAUGGAAGCGGAGGCGAUGAUGGUGGUAACUCGCUGAGCAGUCAGUUUGGAUCACGGUCCUCAAUGUUCUCUCCAAGCGAUCCGGCAUUCCUGAAACUGAUGUGGAUGUUCUUCGCCUUGAUCACAAUCAUGACUGCAGUCCAAAUUCUGGCUGCGAUUCGACUCCUGAAUGCCACUCAAUUGGGCAAAGAACCAAUUGGUGCUAUGAGGCUGUGUCGAUUUUGGAGGUUCGUCUGCAUCUUCUUCACAGGUCUGCUCGUCUUCAACUUUCUCUCUGCAUUCCGCCAACGAUCCAGCGACAACUUUCUGGAAGUGUCAUUCCUCAUGACAAGCAUCCUCAUUCGAAUCGGGGCUCUCUACAUCGUCCAACAAUUCGUGAACGAACUUGACGUGACAAUCGUGACGACGUUGCCGAUACGUCGAAUCCACCACCCGACCUCGUCUCACAUGCCGCCCAGCUUCCCUGGUGGAGACUCCUUUGCAUACGCGUACGGACCACAGUUUGCUGGGGGUUUGUCGGCUCAGGCUCAGGCACCUCCACCAAAGUAUGAAGACGUCGUAAAGGAGCCGUACAAGCCGAGUGGAGAGGCUUAAAGGAAAUCUAGGCAGAAAUGCGUACGAGUCAAGAACAAGGUGUAAAAUAUAAUAUAAAAAGUUAUAAUAUGAACGAUGCAAGACUUUUAAUUCUAUGAUUUAAAGUGUAAAGUAGCGACUUCUUACUGUAGAUCUAUCUAAAUUGGUUGAAUCUGCAUUUUUACCCCACAAAUAUUCUCGUGGAUUUAAAAUUUGAUAAGUUAUAACUUAUAAUCGGCUGAGCCGUAUAUUAUAUUUUGUGAUCAUGAUAUGCUUUUAUUUUCAUGCACUCUGCUUAAAAUAUUUCCCAUAACUUUCUCUCUAUCCAUCGCCAUGAAUUCUAGUCGAAUAGUAACUUAUAAUAAGGAAUUGAUGAAUUGUGACGAUUUUGGUGUCUCUGUGAACGAACAAGUGAUAAGAUAACAAACGUUUGAUUGAAUUGUUGAAAAAAUAAAAUAUAGUUUAUAAAAUAAUUUAUAAAUGUAAAUUAUAAUUUACAUUUAACAAGUUAUCAAGACCUAUUGAAACAUAGAAACUUUAAAUUUCAUCAAAAUUCAACUUUAACUCAAUAUUUUUCUGAAUUGUUAAUAGAUUUCUUGCUAAAAUAAUAUAUUGGUAAAAUAUCUACAUAUUUAAAAUUAGGAAAUAAAAGUCACUGAAAAAUCCAA